AUGACCGCCUUCGGUGUUGGUCUCGAAAUGAGCCAGAGGGCUCGAGGUCCUGGGGAGGAGAAGCACCAGAGACAACCCGAGUUGGGCUGUAGCCGCUCACUUGACGAGGAGCAGGCGGGGCAGGCGAAUAUCGGGAGCCGACGGCUGGUGGGACGCCAGCCAUAUGCCCAUGGUGAGCUGGUGCGGGAGAGUACCUCGAAGCCUGGUUCGCGGGUGGCGGAACUGCUUGGGAAGGAUGUUGUAGGGAGGCAUAAGGAUUGGUUUUUUCGGGGGCUACCAGAUUUGCAAUCCCAGAUGGUUGAGGUGUUGGUUCCGAUGGAUGCAAAGGCGCUGCAGGAGCAAGACUCGGUUGUUGCCCGAGGGGAUGCAUCGACAUGGGAGGGCCUUUCGGUGGGCUCAUGGGAGGAGCUGGAGAUUCGGUGCGCAUGCUUUGUCUCGAUGCCGUCCGCGGUUUCGAAGUCAUAG